AUGCCGGUCAUGCCCAUCCCCCGGCGGGUGCGCUCCUUCCACGGCCCGCACACCACCUGCCUGCACGCCGCCUGCGGCCCGGCGCGCGCCUCGCGCCCAGCCCGCACCAAGUACAACAACUUCGACGUGUACGUCCGCGCGCGCUGGCUCUACGGCUUCAUCCGCUUCCUGCUGUACUUCAGCUGCAGCCUCUUCACGGCCGCGCUGUGGGGCGCGCUGGCCGCCCUCUUCUGCCUGCAGUACCUGGGUGUCCGCGUCCUGCUGCGCUUCCAGCUCAAGCUGUCGGCGCUGCUGCUGCUGCUGGGCCGCCGGCGCGUGGACUUCCGCCUCCUCAACGAGCUGCUGGUCUAUGGCAUCCACGUGACCAUGCUGCUGGUCGGGGGCCUGGGCUGGUGCUUCAUGGUCUUCGUGGACAUGUGA